AGCAGAACAACUAACAACGAACUAACAAGAAAAAAAAGACGAACAAUGACGACGAAGAACCAGCAGGACGAAAAUCCAGUGGAUCAAGUGGCUAAACUUAUUAAAAAUGGCGAACUCGAAGAGAUAAAAAAGAUCACCACACCAUCAGGUUUAGAAAAAUUAGCUGAAAAGCAAGGACAGAAUAUUUUGGAAUUUUCUUUAAUGGUGAGUGACCAGUUAAAACGUUCACCAGAAGGUUCGCAUCACAAAGAACUAGCAGAUCUUGGACACAACGUCGAAGAGUACGCUAGAAAUCUUCUGCAUUGGUUUGAAAUGCGGAUCACCAUAAAAGAAAUUCCUUGCAUUGAUCGCAUCACAUAUGCUGCAAUUCAUUACAAAUGCAAGAAGUUUCUUUCAGGACCAACAACGCAGAAUCAUUUGAACAAGGUGUGGACGAGGAGAUACCACAAGGAGAGUGAUGUGUCAGUGAAAUGGAUUCUGUUUAACCUGUUUGCUCUAUUUGAAGUUAUUUUCUUUCCAUUGAUAUUCGUGGUUUACGGAUACGGGAUCAUUAAAGAUCGCAGCAAAGAUGAUGAGAGUAACGAUCACAGCAGUGAAAACCAUGAGAGUGACCAUCCCAGAAGUAAAAACGGUGAGAGUGACCAUCCCAGAAGUAAAAACGGUGAGAGUGACCAUCUCAGAAGUAAAAACGGUGAGAGUGACAAUCGCAGAAGUAAAAACUACAAGAGUGACGAUGGCAGUAAAAGACUUCAAGGUGUCUUAGAGCAAUACACAGACCGCUUCCACAUUCCAUAUUUCGUAUUUGUUCGAGACACCCUGAGCUAUGUAGCAUUACUUAUGCUUCAUAUUGCUGUGUGUGUACAGCCGUCAGGUCUACGAUUAAGUGUUCUGGAAUGGUUCAUCAUGGUGUUCUUUAUUGGAAGGUUUAUGCAGGAAAUCGAUCAAUUCAUAUCGGAAAGAGAUGAAAUACACGAUCUAAAAACAAAUUACUCAAAUGAUUUUUGGAACAAACUUGAUGUUGUCACGAUAGUCCUGUUCGUCAUUACUUUCAUUUUCCGCCUGGUCACGUGGUCACUGACGUCACAGAUCAUUACAAAUGACUGGCUCGUCGUUACUUCCUUAUUUUAUGGCAUUAACGCUAUUUUGCUAAGUUUGAGGGUGUUUGGACAAGCAAUGGAAGUGAAAAAAACAACUGGGACAAAACAGAUUGCCUUACUCCGCAUAAUCAGUGCAGUUUUUGUGAUCUUCGUGCAGAUGGUUGCAGCCAUUUUAGGAUUCUCUUUGAUACUAACAAAAAUCUAUGUCAGUGAGAUCACAUACGUGGGAAAGAAAGCAACUCAUGGGGUUUGCUUAUCAUCUGAUGGAAUCCUUUGUUGGUGGCACUUUUUUGAGUUCCUUGCAUGGUCUACCGUUGGUUCUAGCGAUCCAGAUUUGCUAACAUUGACAACAAGUGUACCAAACUAUAUCAGUAAAACCUUUUACAUGUUGUUUCUUAUUGUUGCUGCUGUGAUGAUCAUGAACAUGUUGAUCGCCCUUUUAUCAAAUAUUUAUCAGUUGGUAGAGGAGAAUGCAUACGAUGAGUGGUGUUAUAGAAAGGCUUGUCUGAUCAAGACAUACUACAACUACCACCCGGUACCAGUCCCUUUCAACAUCAUUACACUCUCCAUCAAGCUGAUUUAUAUGAUUUUUUCAAAACUAAAUCCAAAACGGUUUAAACCUUGUCAAGAAAAACGGAAAGAUGAACAAGAGAGCAUCAAACAAGUAAAUUUGAUCAUUUGAUAUCAUUUUUUAAUAUUGCUUCUCAAAUAAUAUGUCGUAAUAACUGCGCGUAAUAUUAGAUCAAAUGAAAUAAUGUUUUCGGAUCUGAGCCUGUGAUCAAAUGAAAGUUUUUAAAGGGACACUGUCAGUGGAUGACAUGCGCAGUAACAG